AUGGUUUUCCCAAAAGAUAAAGUUGAUUAUUCCUUAUAUCUGGUAACUGACUCUACCAUGUUGCCAGAAGGCACCACUCUAUAUUCUCAGGUGGAGGCAGGUUUAAAAAAUGGUGUCACAUUAGUUCAGCUAAGGGAAAAGGAUACUGAUACCAAAAUUUUCAUUGAAGAAGCUAUAGCUGUUCAAAAACUAUGUAAAGCUUACGACGUUCCAUUGAUUAUUAAUGAUCGUAUUGAUGUCGCUUUAGCUAUAGACGCUGAUGGUGUCCAUGUGGGACAAUCCGAUAUGCCAAUUCCAAUGGUUAGACAAUUAUUGGGCCCUGAUAAGAUUGUUGGGUGGAGUGUUGGCAAGACAAGUGAAGUGGAAACGUUGGCUCAAUGGGGAACCGAUAUGGUUGACUAUAUAGGUAUUGGUAUGGUUUUCCCUACCGAAACAAAGAAGAAUCCAAGAAAAUCCCCAAUGGGUCCAACUGGUGUUAUCGACAUAUUGAAUGCUCUAGAAACGACACAGGCUACUUGGUGUAGAACUGUUGCUAUCGGUGGUCUGCACCCAAAUAACAUCCCCAGAGUUCUUUAUCAGUGUGUUAGUCAUAAUGGUAAGAGAGCACUUGACGGUAUUUCUGUUGUCAGUGAUAUUAUGGCUUCGGAUGAUGCUGGCGCUUCCACGAAAAUCCUUCGUGGUUUAUUAGAUUAUUCCAAAUUCGAAUAUAUCCCACUUGACUUCUCCCAUCAAGAAAAUAUUACAUCAAAGGACAUUAAAGACACCUUGAGUCAAGUACAAAAGAACCAUCCAUUGGUCCAACAUAUGACUAAUAAAGUCCAUCAAAAUUUCGGUGCUAAUGUCACUUUAGCAUUAGGCUCAUCUCCAAUUAUGUCUGAGGUCCCUUCUGAAGUGGAUGAGUUGGCAAGCGUACCAAAUGCCGCUCUGUUGCUCAAUACUGGUAGUGUAGCACCAGUGGAAGCUCUGAAAGAAGCUGUCAGAGCUUACAAUGAAAGGAAAAGACCAAUCAUCUUCGAUCCUGUUGGAUAUAGCGCUACUCAAACAAGACUAACAUUAAAUAAUACAUUGUUACAAUAUGGUCAAUACACCUGUAUCAAGGGGAACUCAGGUGAGAUCUUAUCCUUAGCUAAAUUGAAUCAAGGUAAAAUGAGGGGUGUAGAUGCCGGGGAUGAUAAAGUUGAUAAAGCUUUGUUAGCUCGUGCCACAAGACUAGUUGCGUUUACAUACAAAACGAUCGCCGUUUGUACUGGUGAAUAUGAUUUCAUUGCUGAUGGUACCAUGUCCAGUUCUUACAGACUAGGCCAUGGUGUUGGUGAGCUUUCUGCCAAUGAUAUCCCAUGUGUCAUGAUUGAAGACGGGCCUAUCCCAUUGAUGGAGAAAAUUACUGCAAGUGGAUGUUCCUUAGGUACCGCGAUUGCUGCAUUAGUGGGUGGUCUAUCCCCAAAUGGGAUUGCCUUCAAUGCAGUUGUAAGUGCCGUCCUUCUUUACAAAUCUGCCGGUAAAUUGGCUUCCUUGAAUUGUCGCGGUAGCGGAAGCUUCCAUGUUCAUUUGAUUGAUGCGUUAGAUCAAUUAUUUACUACAAAUGAUCCAUCCAGUUGGACUGCGAAAGUGGAGAUAGUUACUUAA